AUGGGGUCAACAGAGUUCGGCAAUUUCAACAAAUUCUGCGCACACUCGACACUGCCAAUCUGCAAUCUCUUAUCACCGCCCACGAAUGACCAGGAUGGAGGGGAUUGGGGAGGUUGCCAGCUCGUGGGAAUUCGCCUCGAGGGUGGCAGGAACUUGGCUAAUGUUGGCUCCAUCAUAUUGGCCGGCAUUGCUGUUAUUGUCGCCACCUUGAUAUUGAGCUAUUCUGGAAAGAAGAAGUUUAUCGGGAGAGGGGAAAUGCAAAUCUUUCUUCUCGGCUACAUCCUAAUAAGCGUUUGCGAAAUAUUCUCAGUUGGCGGAUUGCCCAUCAGCAAGAAUGUUCGGAUGGCAUUCUCGGCGAUUCACAUCGGAGCGAUCACGGCCACAACAUGGGUCCUGGUGAUGAAUGCCCUCGUUGGUUUUCAGUUGACCGACGAUAGCGCAUCGAUCACUCUGGCGGCGACCCUCCUUGUAUCGCUCGUCCUCUUCGUCGGCACUGGCUAUAUUGCGCUCGAUACCGGCUUCCAGUUCACACAGCACUGGGCAUCCAGCUACGAAACCCCGAACCGCCAUAUUUUCCUCUACGUCCUGUAUCAGCUUGUCCCGCUCGUCUUCCUUGUUGUCUUCUACGUGUUAGAGGGAAUUCUGGUGAUACGUGUUCUCGGCGAGAUCCGCCCGAUGCUGUACUUGUCAAUUGCCGCCGUUCUCUUUGCCAUCGGCCAGGUCUUCAACUACAUCGCGAGCGGGUAUAUCUGCGACGGGACAGGCGGCAAAGUCGACGGGGCCCUGUUCCAGACCUUCUUUACCUUGCUAUCGGUCAUUAUGAUCUGGAUAUUUUGGGGCAGUUUGAAAUAA